CCACAGAAAAAUAGCAGCAGGCGGGGGGUGGGGGGUGUUGAGGUGUUGAAGGUGAUGAAUCCAUCAAGGUAAAGUUAUAAAAAUGUUUUUGAAUUUAACAAAAGAGUGUCGGAAACAUUUUAAUUCUUCCAGAAAAAGGUCAUUUUCUCUACAUGGUUGCCAUGGAGACGGCGUGGCAUGAUGAUCUCUUCCUCGUUUCUCCUCGUCUUGAAUGAAGUCAGACUUGGAUUUGCAUAAAGCAGCUUCCUGUCCCUUCAGACCGCCCCUCGCCGUCGCCCCCUGCUGGUCAGCGCUCGUCUGUCAGAACUGGAGAUCACCUCGACGGCGGCGGCAGCAGGAUGGGCUCCAGCAGCUCCAGCCUGAGCCACAUCCCAGACGGCCAGCAGCUCAUGGGGGAAACGGGCUUUUCUGCAGCUCAUCUCCUGCGGCUCCACGAGAGGUUUGAGCUUCUGGACAAAGACAGCAGAGGACACCUCAGGUCCUGCAUCAGUCAGUCUGGAUCCUCUGUGAACGAUGAGCCAGAAGACUUUGAAGAAAUUCGGGAACUGACUGAGAAUCCCGUCGGAGGCAGAAUCAUCGGAGCUUUCUUUCCUCCUGAAAAAGAAACACUGGACUUUCCUUCUUUUGUCCGGAUUCUGGCUCAUUUUCGUCCAACGGGGAAGAACCGCUCCAGAGACAGAACACAGCCGGAACCAGCCAACAGCAGGACCGGGAAACUCAAAUUUGCCUUCAAGCUGUACGAUCAGGAUAGAGACGGGAAGAUCUCCAGAGACGAGCUUCUGCAGGUGCUGCGAGCCAUGCUGGGGCUGCAGGUGACGGAGGAGCAGCUGCAGAGCAUCGCAGAGCGAGCCAUCCAGGAGGCCGACCUCAACAGUGACGGCGCCAUUUCCUUUGAUGAGUUCAAGAAGUCACUGGAGAAAGUGGACAUUGAGCACAAGAUGAGCAUCCGCUUCCUGAAAUGACGACCAAAGAUCCGAGAAGUCGGUUGACGGGAUUUUCUUCUUCACCAAAGCUUUAUAAGACUUUUACAUGAAGGAAUAGUUGGAAAUGUUAAAGCAGAAGCAUCCAGAAGGAUUUGUUGAACAACCGGACUUCUUUUAGUCAUCUGGAAGUCUGGAACUGGAGCCAAACUGGAACCGUCAGAGUUCAUCUGACAGAGGUUCAAGAAUGAUGUCAUGGAAAAUCUCAAAAAUGUUUGGGUGGCAAUUCAAUAAAUGUAGAAGAUGAGAAUAAA